AUUUGCAUCGUUGUUGGCUUCUUGCAGAUAAGGGGGCAUAAAAUUAAUGUAUAUAUUUUGCGCGCAAGAAAAACUCCGCGCAUAUUACAAUUUUUGAAUUUUUAAAAAAUACGCUUUAGUCUCUUUAUGUCAUUGCCACUUCCCACUUGCCAGUGCCAGCAGACGACCAGUGACCAGACGCUUUUCUGAUUGCCGAGCCUCUGUCACAGUUUUACAGACACAUAGUCAACGCAUAAGAAGAGCGUAUUGCUAAUCAAGAUUACUACUCAAAGUUAAAUUUACUUUUGCGGUGACAACUAAUUAACAUAUAUUUUUUUAUUGAUUGUUACAUGUCAACAAAUCUGGUUAAAAUUAUAGUCAGGGAUGCUGUAGUCUUGACCUUGAUCAAUGGAUGAAGUAGUUAUUCGGAUUCUGUUCUUUGCAAAGGCCAGAGAGUUAGUUGGAAAAGAUUUUGACAAUAUUUCACUUUCCAGAACAACUUCAAGAAUCACUGGGGCAAAUCUUUUGUGCAUCAUUACAGAACAAUUUCCAGCUCUAGAAUCCAUAUCAAAGAACAUUGUCCUAGCUGCUGAUGAAGAAUAUGUUGAAUUUGAUCAGCUUAUAGACAUUAAAAAUUGCAAGGAAAUUGCAGUGAUCCCACCAUUAAGUGGUGGCUAGGUCGCUAGGAUUCUUCAUAAGCAGUGUGCUACAGCUUAAUUCGCCAGAGCCCUUCAAUUGUAUUUUAAAAUGGAUAUUAUUAACUUAGUUGAAGAACAGCUUGAUGUGAAUUCAAUCUACUCUAAAGUGGUUGAACAUUCUACUGGAGCUGUGUCAUUAUUUGUGGGAACAACAAGGAAUAAUUUUGAAGGAAAGAAAGUGAUUAGUCUAGAGUAUGAAGCUUUCAAGCCAAUGGCAUGUAAAGAAAUCAAGAAAAUUUGUGAGAAUAUUAGAGAAAAAUGGAAGGUUAAACACAUUGCAUUCCACCAUAGAUUGGGAGAAGUUCCGGUUGGUGAAGCAAGUGUUGUAAUAGCUGUUUCAUCCGAGCAUCGAGCCGAAUCUUUAGAGGCUGUUCAAUUUGGGAUUGACGCGCUUAAGAAGUCUGUACCAAUUUGGAAGAAAGAACUUUAUAGUGAUGGUGCUCCUGAAUGGAAAGCCAACAAAGAAUGCCUGUGGACAAAUCAAGAAGAAGACGCUAGUCUAUCUAAAAAGAGGAAAAUAAUGGUGGACUAUGCAGCUGCCGAUUGCGUUCAGAUCAAGGCUUCAAAUUUAGAGUUGGGAAAACGAAUUACUGCGUUUAUGGAACGGAAACGAUCAGAGUCGGACGUAUUCAACGUUCAGGAGUUCUGUCACAGACUACCAUUAAACGAAUUAGAGAAUUCAUGUGCUCGCACAGAGGCAGUGCUUGUAAGCAGAAAAGAUAGUAAAAGUCAUCUAAAGGUGUCGAGAUGCGUAAAUAUGUGGGGACCACAAACACACUCUGAAGUUCCGGCUCCAUCUUCAGUAAACACCAAAUUGAAUCCGACUCCUGCUAUCCAAGAACGGCUACAAAAUAUGGAAAAACACUUGGGUUUUAAUUCAAGAGAACAACCUAUUCCACUGGAUGUGUACGGACGCUUGAAAGCCCUUGAAGAUAGAAUCCUUCAUUUGGAAAGCAUUAGUCCUGAAUAUUUCGACGGACCGUUUAAUCUUCAGAAUAAUAAAGAAGAUGAAGAUUUGAUAUCAAAAAUUGAACAAAAAAUGGAUGAAUUACGUAGAAAAUUAGUAUAGUACCACUUUCUUUUUUCUGGUUGUAAUCUGAUCAAUAAAAUAUAAUGCAUCCUUCAAAUUGGUAA